UAGAGAUAGGCGAAGAAGCGAUAGGCUUGACUACCCACACCGCAGGAUUCUUUUCAGGCUCUGCACUGCAUUGACUGCUAUGAAGCCUUUCUUUUAACAACUUGUUCAUUUCAUUCUAUGAGCUUCCCUGUCAGGACAAGAUCGGAAUCAGAAGUGUGAUAGAAGUGUAACGUCCCUCCUUUACAAUUAGAGAAUAGAGAGGGCUGUGUAGUGUGAAUAGAAACUAGCCUACUGUACAAAAGGAAAAUGCACUUUUGUUACUCUGCUCACUUUUGCCUGAGAACUCGGCCACCAUUGGUAUGUGGUCCUUGGAAGGGUCCCCUGCAGGAAGGGACUUUGGCGGUGUCCUCCCUGACAGCUCUCUGGGAUGAUGCGUCGGCAUUCACCACCUAUUUCCUGGAUAAGUCCUAUCAGGUUUCGAUGAAGCUGAGGCCCCACGUGCAUGAAUUCCUGGAAGCACUUGCCAAAAUCUAUGAGGUCUUUGUGUUCACCACUGCCAAGCAAGAGUAUGCUGAUAAAAUUCUGGAGGGCCUUGGAACACAGAGGAACCUGAUCAGGCACCCGUUGUAUCAAGAGGACUGCCUCUGUUGCAAUGGCUCCUACAGAAGGGAUCUCUCCGUGUUAGAGAGAGACCUGGACCGAACUGUGGCCGUUGCAAAUGACCGGCAAGCAUUCCAUUACCAGAUAUCCAACGUGGUACUGAUCCCAAGAUGGACGGGAGAUCCUCAGGACAAAGAGUUGCUGGGCCUGAUCCCUGUGCUGGAGAAGCUUAGCUAAAUGGUUGAUCUCCUGCUGCUACCAAACCGUGUGAUGAUGUAGAUGGGAUGCUCUCAUCAGGAUUCGCUGCCUCUUCUUCUUCUGCAGUUACAGAAUUCUCACUCAACUUGGCUGUUUGAAGUAGGCACUCCUUUCACUCUGCUAGGCCCCAAUCAGCAGGGAAUGACAAGGAAGCAUGCUAGAAGACUCUUCUCAGUGGCUUUAUAAGAUUGUUGUUUUACCACCAUUACUGCCCAAAUUAUAUGUGUCUAACAAUUUAGAAAUCUAAAACUGUAAUCCUAGGUUCAGUCUGAAGAAAUUCCACUGAACAAUGUGCAAUCGACUUCCGAAUAAAUGUGUAAAGGAUUGCACUCCACAUUCCUAAACACGCUUAGCAGUAUAAUCCUAUGGCCUAUGCUGGUCUGCUCAGAAAAAGGUUCUAUUGAGUUUAGUGGACUUAUUUGCAGGUAAGUGUGCUUGGGAUUUCAUCCUUAAGACUGAAUAUGAGACUUCUGAAAAAAGAUGCAUAGGAUUUAACUGUUAAAGAUGAAUCCCAAAUCCAUCUACUCGGAAGUAAAACCCACUGAAUUACAUAAGUUCAUUUUUCUCAUGUGCAUGCUGAGGACUGCAGAAACUUCCCACUGAAAUUAGUGCCAUUAAAACUUUAAAAAGAUCAGACCAUUAGUAUAGAAAUAAAACACAUGAUAAAGAUCCUUAUGUGGUCUGAUCCUAUACAGGUUUACUCUGAAGUAAGUCCCACUGAGUUCAGUGGGUUUUACUCCCAGGUAAGUGUGUACAGGAUUGCAGCAUUUACAGUCCAAUCAUAUGCAUAUAUACUUGGAAGUAAAU